GGGAUUUUACAGUAGUGUUGCUGAUGCGGGAUGAGUCAGGCUGUGUGAUGCUGCUGGUGUUGCUGCCAUUUCAUCAGAGAAAUUUCCAAACAUUUCUCCAUCUUUAACACAUGGAAAUAAAAGGAUUUGGAUUAAUACAAUCACAUCGAUAACGCCGAACGGACGUCGAUUAUUCCAUAUUGACAUCAAUUUACAAAAUUACGUAACAAUAAUAUAGCUCUACGACAUCCUUGCAAAAGAACAACCGAAUCUAUCGUGGAAGCGGCGUGAUUUGUUUCUUCCUGUAUAGAAUUCUGAGAACGGACUGCAGUAUAAUUGAUCUGCUCGUUUUUGUUUUCAGUGCCAGUGAUGUUUGAUUAAUCUUAUGCUUUGUCGAAGACCAUUAGUUGAGAUUUUAUAUUCGAAAGAAAAGACUGUCCCUUCGGCAACAUGGAGUUUGCUGUUCUCGAGCUCUAAGAGAAAACCAUACACCGCUUGGGGGAGACAUGGAGGCGAUAUGGUUGUACCAGUUCCGACUGAUCGUGAUUGGAGACUCGACGGUGGGGAAGUCGUGCUUGAUCCGACGCUUCACCGAAGGACGCUUCGCCCAGGUGUCCGACCCAACUGUUGGGGUGGAUUUUUUUUCACGCCUGGUCGAGAUUGAGCCAGGAAAACGCAUUAAACUUCAGAUCUGGGACACUGCGGGACAGGAGCGAUUCAGGUCUAUCACCAGGGCCUACUACCGCAACUCGGUGGGCGGCCUCCUGCUCUUUGACAUCACCAACCGGCGCUCCUUCCAGAACGUGCACGAGUGGCUCGAGGAGGCGAGGAGCCACGUGCAGCCGCACGGCAUCGUCUUCCUGCUCGUGGGCCACAAGUGUGACCUGGAGGCACAGCGGCAGGUGAGCCGGCAGGAGGCGGAAAAGCUGGCGGGGGCCUACGGCAUGCGCUACGUGGAGACCUCGGCCCGCGACGCCAUCAACGUGGAGAAGGCCUUCACGGACCUGACGCGCGACAUCUUCGAGCUGGUCAAGCGUGGGGACAUCACCAUCCAGGAGGGUUGGGAGGGGGUCAAGAGUGGCUUCGUGCCCAACGUGGUGCACUCCUCCGAGGAGGUCACCAAGAGCGACCGCCGGUGCCUCUGCUGAUCUUGCCGCUCCCCGCCCCGAUCCGUCCGACGCCCCCCUCACCGCUAAGCUCACCUGCCUGUUGAUGUUCCUGUCGGCUGCUGCCUUGGCACUCCCCACCCA